AUGGAUGAUAAUCAUGGUGUCAGAUCUAUUACCGUGUUGGUUACGGGCUUUGGUCCCUUCCCCCGCGGCGACGGCACAACCUACUCAAAAAACACCUCCCACGAGAUCUCAAAAUUGCUACCUCAGACCCUCCCCGCUAGGUCUCAAUUCAAUCCUUCUUCUCACCCCAUUGUAAUCCUCAACCCCACAGCCGCAGAGGGAGCAGCCGUACGCGUCGAAUACGCACACAUCCGCAGCUACACAUCUGCUCUGCAUGACUCGUCAGGUACGACAGCUGACUUGAUACUGCACAUGGGAAUGGCCGAUGGCUGGGACUUUGUCUCCUGCGAGCGCAGAAGCUAUAAACAGACUUUUACCUCUGGAUGGGCUGGAAAGUUUUUAGGGCUCGGAAGGUAUUAUAUGAUCAAAGAUGCAGCAGGGAAGACAGUUCAAGAUGCAGGACCCAACCCUUGGGGUGAGGAAGUCCCUAUAGGCUUGGGUACGGGAUUGAAUGUUGAUGAUGUUGUGGAGAAUGCAGGUAAAGUGUUGAAGACGGCGUUUGGAAGGGAUAUUAGAGCUCAUGAGGAUGCGGGGACUUAUUGUUGUGGGUUUAUCUAUUAUGAGAGUUUGGCUAAUAAGUUCACAAAACAAACCCCAGCAGAAGUACUCUUCUGCCACGUCCCAGGCGACCUGGACAGACUCAACCUCCACGCAGCAGCAAAUUCCAUCUGCGCCAUCAUCGGUGCCGCCGCCGCACAAAUCCUCGAGAAUCGCAGGCUUGAUCCUUCUCAAAAUGUCGAUGUCGUGACACAAGAAUCUGUUAGUACUGUUUCUGCCGCACAAAAACAGAGGGCAAUGGAAUUGAUGGCUAGUGGUGGCUUUGAGGCUUGA